UAGUUUACCAUCCAUCAGGCCAAUUAAUAUAGCCAGCCUGCGAGCAACCCAAAUGACCAAGAGAUGAUCAUCAGAAUCCUCGAUCUCCAUAGAAAUCUUGAAUCGAUGAACGGACUUUCCCCACUUCUCUAAAUUAAGCUAUAUGUAUUAUAUAUAAAAGCCCUUUGCGCUUCUCUGUCAUCUCCGAGGGAAGAUAUAUUCUAAUUAAGCCCCCAGCAUCAUGUAUUCCUUUCCAUGGUCCUUUUGCCUCUCCGCGUCGUCCUGGGGUGAAUCGGCUUGUACUUUGAGUAGUGCACAAGUAUUUCGGUUUUAAUGCAAAAGUGUGACGAAGUGAUGGGGGACCUGUCUCGACUGCAGUAGGUUCUGAGGCUAUAAAAGAAGUCAUGUUUGCUUUCAAGAGUCAAGACUCAGUUCCAAAAACAAGAGCUACAAAAGGGCAACUUCUUGUUGUUUCUCUCUUCUAGUUCGCUGCUAAUUAAUUAGAUUACCAGCUUUCGUUUCGACCAUCCUCGUCAUAAUUUUCAUUACAAUCGUCGUCGUCAUGGCUUCAUCCAAUAGACACUGGCCUAGCAUGUUCAAGUCCAAGCCCUGCAACACCCACCACCAAUGGCAGCAUGACAUCAACUCAUCUCUUAUGUCAAGUGGAUGCAACAGAGCUGCUUAUACUUCAGCUGGGUGUGAAGAGCGGAGUCCGGAGCCAAAGCCAAGAUGGAAUCCAAAACCGGAGCAAAUUCGAAUACUAGAAGCAAUUUUCAACUCUGGCAUGGUGAACCCUCCAAGGGACGAGAUAAGAAAGAUCAGAGCUCAACUGCAAGAAUAUGGUCAAGUAGGUGAUGCCAACGUCUUCUACUGGUUCCAGAACCGAAAAUCAAGAAGUAAACACAAGCUCCGCCAUCUACAAAACUCAAAAAACCAGCCCCAGCAAAGCCAGAACAACCCUCCAAUCAAAUCCCUUGCUGCCACCACUGCUCCUUCAUCCUCGUCAUCUUCUUCCGAAAAAUCAUCCCCUAAAGCACUCCAGAAGACCAACUCUAUGAGCUUUCCAAAUGUUACGGAUGUUUCGCAUUCCCCAACGGCCUCAGUGAAUCAUACCUAUUUUCAAUCCCAAGGUGAAAUUUUACCCGACCCUUUCUUCUUCCCGGUGCAAGAGACCGGAGGGGUGCACCAAAACGGCGGAACGUCUAGUUUCACUCAAGCGUUUUGCUUUCCUGAACUACCAAAUGUGGCUCAGGUACCUGAACACACUAUUGGGCCCUGCACGAGUCUCUUGCUCGGUGAAAUAAUGAACAAUGGGGGGGAUUCAAGGAAAGAUCAAGAAGAUCAGAAAGUCAUGAAAAUCCAUCUCCAGCAGAAUUACAUCGUGACAACUCAUCCAACUAGUCACAUUAGUAUUGUCCCUCCAUCUAUGGCUACCACUACUGGUGCUGGUACAGAUCACGUUCCCCACCCCAUCAGUCAAAUUCAAGGUGUUGGGGAAUUGGGCGCAAUUGCCACUGGUGGCCCUUCAAAAUCAACGGUGUUCAUUAACGAGGUAGCCUUCGAGGUGGCCGCGAUGCCCUUCAACGUGCGCGAGGCUUUUGGCAAUGAUACUGUGCUAAUUCACUCCUCAGGUCAGCCCGUUCGCACCAACGAGUGGGGUGUCACUCUCCAGCCACUCCAGCACGGCUCAUUCUAUUAUCUGAUUUAGGAUUCAGAAGCGUGGAAGCUGAAGAGAUGGGCUAGUUGGCUUGCUUUGGUUCAUGUGCUCGUCUUCGUUUCAUUUCUCUGUUGUUUCUCCUUUCUUUGUUAGGGUUGAAAUUUAGGCCUUGUAACUGAUCUGAUCAUCAUCAGUGAGGGUUCUUAUUACUCUUGGAUAUUAUGGAACUUAACUGUGGAGCAAUGCGUUGUAUAUGCUUCUCUGUCAAAGCAAUAUAUAUGGAAUAUGCUCUUGAUCUUCAA